AUGGCCAAAGAUAUCAUUAUAUCUAUUGAUGAAACUAAUGAACUGAGAAAAAAACUUGGAUUAAAACUUUUAGAUACUAGUAAUAGUGUAGACUCUAGGAAGUCAUCGUCUACAAACGAUCAUGACAACAAUUCAAAUAGCAAAAUACAUAACGAUGAUAACGAUAAUGCCACUUUUAGUUUGAAACCCACUACUGAUGAGCUAAAUGGAAAUUUUAAGGCAUUAAGCGAAGAGCAUUAUAAUAAAUCUACAUUAAUUAUAAAUAGGCUCAAAUCUUUGAGAGAGAAGAAGCUACGUCUGAGACAAUCAGAAUCUGCAUUGGCAGAUUCAAAUUCUGCAACUGUUGAUUGGCUAUCGAAUGUAGGUAAAACAAAGCAUGAUAAAGUAAAAAUACACAUUGGAGAUGAACGUAAUAUGGAAGAUGAUAAUAAGGAUAUAGGUGCUGUCUCCGAUCUACCUAUAAUGAAUGUCUCCCAUAGCAUUUCCUCAUUAGGGAAUAAUAAGCCAACCAUAUUGACCCUGAAAGAAAAGGACAUAUUAGACUAUAAAAGUGAGGAAGAAGCUGACGAUAUUCAAGAUGCUAUGUUAGAAAAUCAAGAUUUAAUCCAUGAGGAAGACCAUCUAAAUAAACUAAAGUUGAGAAAAUUAAAUCAACAAAGAAAAAGACGUUUCAACUUAAAUGUUUCAAGUAUAGAUAUUGCAAAAGAAGAUGAUGAUAAAUCUGUGGUGAAAAAUUCACAUUCUCUUAUUAUAGGUGCCAAAAUUGAUACUUUACAAAAUUUAUCCAACGAAUCACAGCUAUCGGAUAAAGAUGAAACAAAAUUAAAGGUAAAUUUAUCAAAUAUGAAAGAUUCAGAUAAUAAUUCAGAUGAUAAUAGUGAUUUUAAAAAGAUCAAAAUUAAAAAAAGAAAGAAGAUGGGUAAUAACAUGAAGAAUAAAAUGUUUAAAUCGUCGGUAAAUAUACCCACCAAAAUGCAAAAGGUUGAAUUAGUUGACGAAGAUGUGGAUAUAGACGAUAAUCAAAUUGAUUAUAUAGUUGGAGAUGCUAGAAUCAAUAGACAUAAAACUUUACUAAAAGCCAAGCAGCGGAGUUUAGAAGAUAUCGAGAAAGACAUAUUUAUGGAAAAAUUAGAAAAAAAGCAAAGAGUAAAAGAUAUAGAAUCAUUGAGGAAACGCAGGACUAAUACUUUGACUAUUGAUGAGAAUACAGUAUUUCUAGAGACAUUGGAAUCGAAUAUACUUGAUAACAAAUCAGAAACUGAUAAUGAGAAAGAGAAUGAAUCUGCAAAGUUGGAUAGUUACAAUAUUCCAAAAGAUGCUAGUAAAAAUUUAUCAAUUAUUAAUUCAGAGCCAAUUACUAAAGAUGAGACUCCUACAAAAUCUAAUAUUCCAAAUUUUCAUGAUGGAUUAGCUUCAACUCUACAAUUCUUACAAGAACGGAAUGCAUUACCUACUAAAGCCAAAAAUACUGUAAAGCCGGAUGAAAGAUUAAACGAGCUGUCAAAAGAUUUUGUUGCGUCAGUUGACACGACACAAGAAGAUUAUGAUAAAGUGCGGAGAAACAAGAUGGAAAUUAGAAAUAAUAUAGUUAAACAAGUGAACGAUAUUCAAGCCGUUAGAUUGAAAGAUUAUAAUCCUGAAGUAAUCUUACAGUACACAGAUGAAGAUGGUAAUACUUUAACAACCAAAGAAGCUUAUAAGCAGUUAUCACAGAAGUUUCAUGGAACAAGGAGUAAUGACAAAAAGAAAGCCAAAUUGCAAGCUCGUAUUGAGGCUAGGAAAAAAAAUUCCAAUCUGAAACAACUGUUCGGUUUUGAACAGUAA